UUGUUGUGAAUGCAGCCCGCGCUGGACGGAGGAGCGGCAUCACGUUGAUGGUCUCCCUGGAAGGAAUCUUCCAGAAAUGCAUUUUGGGAACAAGAUGACAUCUCUUCCAAGCGUUUAGGGGUAAUUUAAGUGACAAUGCGGGAGCUGCCUUGAGGUGCGAGCAUCCACGGGAGACGUCGCGGUGAGGCCGUCAAGGCGGCAUGGUGGAGCGGUCGGACCGAGCCCCUCUGCUGGACUGGGAGGAGGUUCCGUCCCGCGGUGGCGCAGACGGACAAGACCGACUCUCCAGCCCCUCGGCGCCGGGAAGGCUCGGGUGGAGCAGCGGUGCCUCUUCUUCCAACAGGUCCGCCUCUACCCCGCCCGCCACCUCCAUCGCCCAGGCGGGCACGGAUGACGCGCCACACCCGGACAGGGCGCGGCAUCCCUCGGAUUCAGGAGCGGGGCACGUGCCGCUGGAGGAGAGGAUGCUGAGCUGGGAGGAGGAGAAGGACCAGAGGAUGCUGAGCUGGGAGGAGGAGAAGGACCAGAGGAUGCUGAGCUGGGAGGAGGAGAAGGACCACAUCGUGUCCGUCUUCGUGGUGGCCUUCAACACCAGAACAGGCAACAUGCUGGAGUGGUGCCUCCCCACAGACAUGGACCUGGAAGGCGUGGAGUUCAAAGCCAUUGCCAGCGGAUCCCACAGAGUCACCACAGACUUCAUCUACUUCCGCAAGGGCCGCUACUUCGGCCUGGCCUGCUUCGCCAACAUGGCGGUGGAGAGCCCGGCGGAGCGCGGCGCCAGGAUGAAGUCGGUGGGGAUCCUGUCGCCUUCGUACACUUUGCUUUAUCGCUACAUGAGCUUCCUGGAGCACCAGGUCAGGCUCCAGCUUCAGGCCCCGGGACAUUACUCGCCCCUGGAGGCCUUCUACCAGGACAAGAGGGCGCUGCUGCCCCCUAGCGGCCACGACCUUGUAACUGCGUGCCCUGUGGACGCCUGGGGGAGCGCCAUCAACCACAGCAUGCACCCGGAAAUGAAGAUCACACACCCGGCAGGCUGCAUGUCCCAGUUCAUCCGCUUCUUCGGGGAGCAGAUCAUGGUCCUCUGGAAGCUGGCGCUCCUCCGGAGGCGGAUCCUCAUCUUCUCGCCUCCGCCGGUGGGCGUGGUCUGCUAUAGAGUGUACUGCUGCUGCUGCCUGGCCAACGUCUCCAUCCCGGGGGUGGGCGUGGCCGUGCCCGAGCUCCGCCCCUUCUUCUACGUCAACGUGGCCGACAUCGGCGCCCUGGAGAACGAGCUGUCCUACGUGGCAUGCACCACGGAGAAGAUCCUGGAGGAGAAGCGAGACCUGUACGACGUCUACGUGGACAACCAGAACGUCAAGACCUGCAGGGAAGGCCUGAAGCCGCUGCUGCGCCUCACCAACGCCGACAGGGAGAAGUACCGCAAGCUCACCGAGCAGAGGAAGAUGCUGCUCUACUCUCAGGAGGAGAACGGCGACUGCGUGUCCAGCGAAGAAGAUUUGUUCAUUCUGUUUUUCUUGGAGCAGAACAACAGGAUUUUCCAAACCCUGAGCGAGGUGGCAGGGACUCCGGACCCCACUCUGACCCCGGAGAAUGUGAGGGCCAUGGGCCUGGACCCUCACGGGGACCGGCUCUUCCUGCUCCACCUGUUGGAGAUCUACGGCUUUGACACCCUGCUGAUGUCUGAGCAGCUCUGCUGCAGCUGAGAGAGCAUUUCUCAUUUUCACUUUGGCAUUUUGGACUCUCUCAAGUCUUCUGGAUCAUGUGUGGUGUUCUAGUCUUUUCCUUUGUGCUGCUUCUGAUCACGCCCUUGUUCCAGGAAAUACUCCACACCCCGGAGAGCAUCAUGUGGCUGUUCCAGGAAAUACUCCCCACCCUGAAGAGCAUCAUGUGGCUGUUCCAGGAAAUACUCCCCACCCUGGAACAGCAUCAUGUGGCUGUUCCAGGAAUUACUCCCCACCCUGGAAAGAAUCGUGUGCCUUUUCCAGGAAAUAGUCCCCACCCUGGAGACCGGAGGCUGCAUUCUAACACAAACUGUCUUGUUCUUAUCCUUCAUCAUUUUAUUUUAACAUAAAAAUGUGAAUGCUGGCAGUUUAAAAACUAUUUUAAACUGCUUUUUGACCUCGUUUGUAUUCAAUUCAAUAAUUUCUCGCCAAGAGUUAGUCCUACCUCGGGACACAAGUUUAAUUGGUUCCGUGACACACCUGGAAAAUUCAUCAUUUGAUAUAGUCGCCAAUUAAAAUCAAUUUGAUUGGUCCACCUUUUAAAAAGUGAAAAUAACUUUAAGAUAAGAAAUAUUGCAUAAAAAAUACAAAACUUCAAAACACUUCCGUAGUUUUAUGAAGUAAUGCAUUUACCUUGGAGAGCAAACUUCUGCGCUAUCGCCGUCAGCAGCUUCUCCUUAUUUUCCUGGAUAAAUGUGAUGAAUGAUAUAAGCUAACGCUAGCAAGUAAAACAGGAUGGUCUGGGGCACACAUAAAAUCAUUUUAUCUACAGGAAUCAAAUUGAAUAAUUUAUUUCCCAUUAUUUUUAGUGCACAAUAUGUACCAAAUUAAAAAAAAGUGUGAACAAAUUUUGUGACAGGGGCCUCAAAAUAACGUUUUGUUUAGAGCCCCGAGUUCAAAACAUGCAUCAAACUCAAGUUUGAUUAAAAAAGUAAACAUUGGUUUCACAUUAAUGAAACAAAUAAAUUGGAAAAAUGUAAUAGGGUGGGGGACGCCUCAAAAUGUAAUUCUGCUUAGGGCCCUAAUUUAGCCAGAGGGCCCCCGAGUACAAAGCAUGCAUCAAAUUCAAGUUUGAUUAGAAAAGGUAAACAUUUAUUUCACAUACUGUACAUUAUUAAAUGUUGAAACAUGUUGUAAUAGGGUGAGGGGCCUAAAAAUGAAAUCCUGCUUAGGGCCCCAAUUUAUCCUGGAGUGGCCCUAAGUACAAAAUAUUCAUCAAAUUCAAGUUUGAUUAAAAAAGUUAAAAAGUAGUUUCACAUGAAUAAAAAAAAAAGGAACAAUUUUGUAACAGGGUAGGUAGGGGGCCACAAAAAAACUUCUCAGGGCCCCAAUUUAGCCAGGGGCCCCCAGCUGAUACCCCCCAAUGUAGCGCAGGGCUAGCUGAGUACUACACAUGCAUCACAUUCAAGUUUGAUUAAAAAAGGUAAACAUUUCUUUCACAUGAAUUAAAAAAUGUGGAAAAAUGUAAUAUGGUGGGGACGCCUCAAAAUGUUAUUCUGCUUAGGGCCCUAAUUUAGCCAGGGGGGCCCCCCGAGUACAAAACAUGCAUCAAAUUCAAAUUUGAUUAAAAAAGGUAAACAUUCUUUCACAUACUGUACAUUAUUAAAUGUUGAAACAUGUUGUAAUAGGGUGAGGAGCCUAAAAAUGAAAUCCUACUAAGGGCCCCAAUUUAUCCUAGAGCGGCCCUAAGUACAAGAUAUUCAUCAAAUUCAAGUUUGAUUAAAAAAGUUAAAAAGUCGUUUUACAUGAAUAAAAAAAAUACAACCAAUUUUGUAACAGGCGAGGGGGCCACAAAAAAACUCUUCUCAGGGCCCCAAUUAAGCCAGGGGCCCCCUGCUGGUACCUUCCAAUGUAGCGCGGGGCUAGCUGAGUACUAAACAUGCAUCACAUUCAAGUUUGAUUAAAAAAGGUAAACAUUUCUUUCACAUGAAUUAAAAAACGGUGGAAAAAUUGAAUAUGGUGGGGGACGCCUCAAAAUAAAAUGUGUUUAAAUAAAAACGUUUAAAAG